AUGGAAGUCUAUGUAGACGAUAUGCUCGUGAAAUAUAAGGAGGCCAAGGACCAUAUCAUGCAUCUCUCAGAAAUGUUUGGGAUCCUCAGAGAAUACAGAAUGAAGCUUAACCCUCAGAAAUGUGUCUUCGGGGUGGAAUCUGGUAAGUUCUUGGGCUUCAUGGUCAACCAUCAUGGGAUUGAGGCUAAUCCGGCUAAAAUAGAGGCCCUAAUAAAUAUGAAGUCCCCUCGGGCUGUCAAAGAAGUACAAUCUCUCACGGGCAGGAUAGCAGCCCUCAACCGAUUCGUCUCCAAGUCAUCUGACAGAUGUCAGGAAUUCUUCAAGGCCAUCAAGCAGGUAGGAAAAGCUUUCCACUGGAACCCUGAGUGUGAGGAGGCCUUCCAAAGUAUUAAGCGGCACCUCGGAUCUCCGCCCCUUCUCUCAAAGCCUAAGGAAGGGGAGACCCUCAUAAUAUAUUUGGCUGUCUCUGAUUACGCCGUGAAUGCAGUGCUAGUAAGGGAGGAGGAAUCUACCCAGCUCCCAGUUUACUAUGUGAGCAAACGAAUGGUGGACGAGGAAACGCGAUACACCAAUAUGGAAAAACUGGCAUAUGCCCUUGUUCUGGCCUCUCGAAAGCUGAGACCCUACUUUCAGGCUCAUAAAUUGAGCUGCGGACAUCUUUCCCCCUCAGACAAGUUCUUCAUAUGCCUGAAACUUCGGGCCGUCUCCUCAAAUGGACUAUUGAACUUAAAUGAAGGAGACACUCUAGCCCUCAUCCCUGUCUCCACUCCCAAUGGGGCCGCUUUUACCCGAGAAAAUGAAGCCCUCUGGUGGACUCUCCACGUAGAUGGGGCCUCGAAUAAACAGGGAGCGGGAGCUGGCGUAGUUCUCAAGAGCCCCGAGGGCCAUCUGUUGAAGAGUGCCGUACACUUCUCCUUUGGGGCCACAAACAAUAUGGCUGAAUACGAGGCUCUAAUUGCCGGCCUAAGAUUGGCAAGAGAAAUGAAAGUCGAGAACCUAGACAUCUACAGUGACUCUAUGAUUGUGGUUGAGCAGGUAAAAGGGGGGUUCCAAUGGAAUGGGAUCCAAACCGAUGCGUAUAUUCAGUUGUGCAGGCGUUUGAUGGGGUGUUUUAAAGAGGUCCAUCUUGAAAGGAUCCCAAGGGAGUUUAAUGCAAAUGGAGACGCACUGGAAAAAUUGGCAACACAAAAGGGAGCAGUCCUCCUGGGGGUCAUUCCUCUAGAAACUCUGAAGCGCCCGAGUGUUCCCGAGAUAGAGGAGACAGGGGCAGCUGUGAUAAUGGCAAUUGGUGAUGAUGGGGAUACCUUGAUGACUCCUAUUUUGCAAUUUCUUAAGGAGGGCACCCUGCCUGAGGACAAAAAUGAGGCCAGGUGCCUCAAAUGCAGGGCUGCCUGUUAUGUGAUCUAUGACAAUGCCCUCUACAGGAGAGGCUUCAACUCCCCUCUCCUCGAGUGCAUCGAUGGGGAGGAAUGCAACUACAUCAUGCGGGAAAUACACGAGAGAAUUUGUGGCAAUCACUCGGGGGGUGGUUCCCUCGCCCAAAAGAUUGUGCAUCAGGGGUAUUAUUGGCCCACUAUCAGGCAAGAUGCUCAGGAUUUUGCUCGCAACUGCAACAAGUUCCAGAGAUAUGCCAACUAUAGCAACCUACCAGCAGUCAGACUCACGUCCCUCUCUAGCCCUUGGCCUUUUGCUAUGUGGGGAAUCGACCUGAUCGGUGAACUUCCCAAAGCCAAGGGGGUGUUAAAUAUUCUGUGGUGGCGGUUGAUUAUUUCACCAAGUGGGCAGAAGUUGAGCCUCUAG